UAGAUAACACAAAAUUAUUCAAAACAACUCCUAUAUAAGUUGGAAACAAUGACUUACUUCUUAUAAAUCCACAAUGACUCGCAUUGUAAAAGCAGUCAUAUUAGUUGCUUUGUUGAUGACAGUCAUCAACACAAGCGAAGGUGCACCAGGUCUAAUUACCAAAUUAGUAAAAUUUCAACUUAAUCCUAUAAAAAAAAUUCUUGAUCCAUUGAAAUUGAGGGAGAUGAUAGGUGGAGGUCCAGGCGGUGGUGGUGGCAGCAGCGGCGGCGGCAGUAACGGCGGUGGCGGCAGUAGCGGUGGUGGCAGUAGUGGCGGUGGCGGCAGUAGCGUCGGGCAAAAACCCCCACAAUCAGGAUAAAAAUACCGAUCUUUGUUUCAUUUUUUUGAGGAUACUUGGCGAUUAGGUGGUUCAUAAUUCUUUGAUAUCUUAAGAAAAAUUAUAAAAGGUAAAAUAUGUUUUAAAUAAAUAAUUUACAACUUC